AAAACUAGAAAGUUUAUAGAACAAGAGGAUUAUAUGAGAUUUCAACACAGAAAAAAUGACAGGAUUGAACUCUAUGGUUUUGUUGGUGGUGGUCAUGAUGGUUGCAUCUCUGCGGUUGCAAGGCACGUUGGCGCAGACUAGGCAUGUCGUAGGAGACACCUUGGGCUGGACCAUUCCAAUCGGUGGUGCUGCAACUUACACCACGUGGGCUUCCCAACAGACCUUCACCGUCGGUGACACUCUUCUUUUUAACUUCACCACCGGAUUACAUAAUGUGGUGGAAGUUUCACAUGUGGUGUACGGACAAUGCUCCUCCGUCAACACCCUUUCACCCAACUCUAUUGGCCCUGUCGUCGUCAAGUUGACCCAACCUGGCAACCAUUACUAUAUUUGCACUGUCGUAAGUCACUGUCAAAUUGGUCAGAAAUUAGCUAUCAACGUCUCCCCAGCCACCUCCACCACUCCCCAAGGAGCACCCUCAUCGGCACCCGUAUCACCACCAUCUACCAUCGCUUUUCCUCCGUACUUCCCUUACUACUAUGUUCCCGUCGGAAGCCCCAUUCCGCCACCAAUAACUAGCGCAGCUCCAUCCUUCACCGCCAUAAUACUGGUCACUUUCUUGGCAGUUGUUUUGGCUUCCUUAUAUUAAAUCAUUUUGACAAUUCGAGUUUUUCUUGAAGGAUGUGAGGCUUUUUUAGUCUUUGGAAUUUAUUGUUGAUUAUAACCU